AUGCUAUCGAAACGAGUUGUCGCUGCUGCUCGCAGUCGUGCAUUUUUCGCUAGUAGAGGUGCUCAAUACACUGCUGUAUCAUUCUCGCAAGGAUGGCGCGUGAAAGUCGCCAACUAUAUCAGACGCGCACAGUUGCAUUCCAAGACCGUAAAGGUCCCACAGAUGGCCGAGUCUAUUUCCGAGGGCACACUACGAUCAUGGUCAAAGCAGGUUGGGGAUACCGUCGAGGUCGACGAGGAGGUUGCGACCAUUGAGACGGAUAAGGCGGGUAUCAGCUCAUUGGCGCCUCUGAAAGCAUUAAUCAUUCCUCACCAGAUUGACGUCAGUGUCAAUGCGCCUACAGCAGGGAAGAUUGUGGAGUUGCUUGCAAAGGAGGAAGACACUGUCAGUGUUGGUCAGGACCUCUUCAUAAUUGCACCUGGCGAAGGCGGUGGUAAGCCCUCAUCUGCUGCUCCUGUGGAGCAGAAGACAGAUCCUGAAGAACCUAAGGAUCAGCAACUGGACAAGACGAUACCAGAGCCGCGUGCACCAUCAGCUGCUGACAAGCAGAGUGGCGGCAUCUCUCCAGAAGGACCCAAAGAGUCCAAGAAGGAGGUGAAGAAGCAGGAUUCGAAACCAAAGGAAGACAAGUCGAAAGCACCUCCUCCUGCGCCAAAGGCCCCUGGUAAUCGGGGUGAGACAAGAGUUAAGAUGAACCGUAUGCGCCUGCGCAUUGCCGAGCGUUUGAAGGAAUCGCAAAACGCUGCCGCUUCACUCACGACCUUCAAUGAGAUCGACAUGUCCUCUCUCAUGGAGAUGCGGAAGAAGUACAAGGACGAAGUGCUCAAACAACACGAUGUCAAGCUCGGCUUCAUGAGCGCGUUCGCUCGUGCGUGCGCUCUGGCGCUCAAAGAGAUUCCUGCUGCAAAUGCAUCCAUCGAGGGCGACGAGAUUGUCUACCAUGACUUUGUUGACCUGAGUGUUGCUGUCGCGACGCCCAAGGGCUUAGUCACCCCUGUGGUGAGGAAUGCUGAGGGCAUGGGCUUUGUUGAAAUCGAAAAGGAGAUUGCUGCUCUCGGAAACAAGGCAAGCACUGCCAGGGAUGGUAAAUUGACUCUCGAGGAUAUGGCAGGAGGCACUUUUACCAUUUCCAAUGGUGGUGUCUUUGGCUCAUUGUACGGAACGCCCAUCAUCAACUUGCCACAAUCUGCUGUACUCGGCAUGCACACGAUCAAGGACAAACCUGUCGUUGUAAACGGCCAGAUCGUCAUCCGACCCAUCAUGGUCGUUGCUCUCACCUAUGACCACAGACUACUCGAUGGUCGGGAGGCAGUCACGUUCCUAGUGAAGGUCCGCGACUACAUUGAGGACCCUCGGAAAAUGCUUCUUGCAUUGAGCUGAGCUUUCCUUGGCAAUUGUUUCAUGUUUUUAUUUAUUCCAUUCGUGAUGUACCUACAUUGAACACCAGGCCAUAAUUGAACUCAUCCACAAGGAAUCACUAAUAUUCCAGCCUCUGGAUGACUCAUGAGGCUCUGAUAAUUUGCACAAAGUUAAGGAGUGAUGUACCUUUGUUUAUUGAUUCCCUUUCACUUCUGUAUUCGCUUGUAUUUAUUGUCAACGUUGUUGACCACAAUACAGCAAGUACUCGGUCACUGAGCGUGCACGAAGC